AUGGUCAAGUGCCGAGUGGACCCGACCAGCGUGGAGCAGGACCUGUCACGACCAGAGCAAAAUCCACGGGUCGCCUUGGCCAAGCUCCAUGGCGGCAUGACGGCCUUACACUGGGCGGCGCGCUUCGGCAACACAGCGGUUGUUCGACACCUGGUCGGACUGCGUGCCGACGUUGCCGCCGCGACGCGAUAUGGACGACAUCCUCUGCACUGCGCCGCCAUCGAAGGGAAGAAGGAAACCGUCGAGGCACUGAUCAAGCUCAGGAGCAACGUCCACCAUCCACAGAAGGAUGGAUGGUUGCCGAUCCACUUGGCCAGCCGCUACAAGCACAUGUAUGUGAUCAUGGCCCUCGUCGAGCACCGAGCAGAUCCGAAUGCCAAGGGAGUGAAUGGCAAGACGGCCGCGCAGCUCUUCGCCCAGCGGGAUGGCCGUUUUUCAGACAUCGGCCUUGACGCGCUCCAGCAAGAUGAAAGUGGCCGGAAUGCCCUGCACACAGCGGCUAUACACGGCUCGGAGUCGUGGUUCGGUCGGUAUCGUGCAUCACAGCGAAACCCUGCUGGUGUGCAGCUCGUACUUGGCUUGGCGACUCCAGACGCGCAGGGGCGGACCCCUCUCCACCUCGCAGCUGCUUCUGGCCGGCACCUGGUGGUGCAAGAAAUUCUUCGGAGGUUCCUGGACGAGAACGGCAGCUUCAACAGGUGUUGGCAUCGGGUAAAGUUUGGCGGCUUCUACAGCAGAGUGGAUGAUGAGGAGGACGACGAUUCCUCUGAGCCCCCGCCGCUGCCAGUCCUCACGCGGGAUCGGAGGGGUCGGCUGCCGCUGCAUGCCGCGGCACUGGGCGGCUUCCCCACGGUUGUGGGCCAGCUGGUUUCCUUCAUGUUGGAGAAGCUGGACUGCUCAGUUGCAGACAUACUGCGGCCUGACGAUGAGGGAGCCUCUGCCCUUGACCUGGCUUGCCGCAGACGCGACGACGCAGCGGCCAGGCGCCUUUCCGAGAAGCUGGGAGUGGAGCUGCCCCUGUCGUCCAGAGAUCGAACGCUGCCAUCGACCGGUGAUGAGGUGUGCCUCAAGCGUGUUCUGCAGCUUGAGCAUGGGACCCUGGCUAAAGGCACGCUUGGCCGGGUUGAGGCUGCAUCUGACAGUGUGGUGAAGCUGCAGCUGCUCGACAUCUUGGACCUGCGAAGCUCGGGAUCUUUACCGUUAGGUUUUGAGCACGUCGAGCAAGGCACUGUGGUGGAGGGCUUCGACCUGGGGGACGCAUGGCUUCAACUCUCCGAGGGCGGCUGGCUGCCCACGCACAUCCAACUCCAGAGCUCCAGAAGCCUUCCAGUUCUCUCAGCAUGGAGUGGCCCGCCCAUCAACGUUGGAGAUGUCGUGAGGACUGUCAAGGACCUGGUGCUGCCGGCCAAUCGUGUGCUGAAGCUUGACUCUGUCGGCAUCGUCCGGCGCAUCAACUCGAACGCAGUGCACCUGAAACUUGAGGCAGCCAAAGGAGGUGGCUGCACACUCUCGGUGACUGACACAGUCUUUGCCGAGCACAUGCAAUUAACCGGCUACCGCUGCAUCAUGGAGGAGCCCUUCUUAAAGGGCCCGCCAGAGGGCUUCUUGGUCACUCACAGAAAGCACGGCUGUGGAGUCGUGCAGCACAUUGAGAAGACCUCCAAUGGGACGACCCGGGGUUUUUCGGUGAUCUUCGGCGACGAGACAAGGAGCCAGCUGCCUGCUGACCGACGCGGCAUUCGCUUGAUUAGCAUACCUCCAACGCCGCAGGAAAUCGCAGCCUAUUUUCGGAAGAAGGAGCAGAUACUGCGCCGCAAGCACCCUCACGCGUCAGCGGUGAAGACAGGGACAUGCCAAGCAUCUGAGACCUGA